GCCAUCGACGACGGCAACACCUGCUUCAACGAUGAGCUCGACGACAGACCUCCUGGUUUCCCUCAGUCAAACUAUCAAAGCAAAAUUACCUGUAGCCUAUGCCAAAGGCACAGACCCAGUCUCUUCUAUUGUCUCUGCAACUCACCUCAUACUUCCUCCCGACCUUUCUGUACCAAAAUCAUCCCCCACGCGCUAUCGCAAACCGGGAACAUCAUCCACAGACCCUUCUAUAAGUCCUCAAGACUUCUUCUCCCUAGAGGCGAUUUAUCUCGCUUGGCUCCUUCGAGACGCUCCAGGCGCAGAAUACAAUCGCCAAUCCAGGGAACAUGGGCUUGCGCUCGGUUUUGUGAGCAUAACGGAGCGGAAGAAUGUUGUGGAUUGGCUUGAGGGACGUACAUCUGAGAACGAACGUAUUGUUUCUCUUAUUGUUGAAUCCACGACACCCCCCGGAACGCCCCCACACCGAGGCUCUGCUACUGCUGCCUCAACAACUUCACCAAGGAAACCUGGAGCUACAGAAAGCUCUUCGCCCUCAAAGCGACGCUAUGUUGCAGAUCCACGAGACAUCGAAGUCGUUAAGAAAAUAAAGCACAACGAAAUUGAAUUACAAGACCGUAAUACCGUUCUCCGUGGUAUCAAGCCAAAUAAUUUCUCUGCCCUGCGCACGACCUAUACUGACAAGCUUAAGAAGCUCAAAGAAGCCAGCAAGUCAGGCAUGCCGAUGUCCACACCAGCGCCUUCAGCCGGGCCUAUGCAAGCACGAAAAGCCAAAAAUUUGUAUCCCAUUAUCAUGAUAUCGUCUUCACCAACGGCUCUCAUCACUAUGUACAACGUCAAACGUUUCCUCCAAGAGUCUACGUUUGAACUCUCCGCCGAUGCUCGCGCACGCGCAGCAGCUGAGGGCAACCCACGUGCUGAAGAUCUCAUCCCGAUUGACCGACGACGUACCACUGUCGACUCUGCAGGACACGAGCGUGCAACGCACGCGCGGUACUUCGUAGUGGACAGCGUAGAUGCCCUAUCCAAGUUUGGUACAGAUGCAUGGGAGAGAGUUGUAUGUGUUAUGACGACGGGCCAGGCAUGGCAAUUCCGCCCUUAUCGCUGGUCAGAGCCGCGAACGUUGUUUCAUCAUGUCAAGGGCAUUUAUGUUUCAUGGGCUAAUGACCCACCGAACACCAAAAUAAAAGAUUGGAAUGUGACUGAAUUGAAGAUCGAUCCUCACAGGCGACACGUUGACAAAUCUGUGGUUGCUCACUUUUGGAAAAUUCUGGACGAUUGGACAAUGGCGAACAAGCCGGGGCUCAUGAAGUCGUGAGCAAUUUGACAGAAGCGUGCAGGUUGGCGUCGUACCCCACACUAAGGAUCUCUUGACCCAUAUCUUUGGCCCUCGUUGAAUUGAGCUACAGCGAUAAAUUUUAUUCAACAGUUUUGUUAUCUCACGCUUUAAACGCUAGAUUAUUAUUGAAUUCCACAUUCUUGUAUGUAUUAAUACGUGUUCAAAUUCCACUGCAGUGAUACUGUACACCCU